UUGAAGAUACAAGCAAAUAAUAAGAUGAGAAAUAGACUACUCUAAAUAACAAGAGAGAGAAAGCCAAGAGAGAGAGAGAGAAUGAAUAGUAGUGUAAUAUAGAUAUAUAGCUAUGCUUUUGGUUUUAUCUUCAGAGAAAUGAAAAUCAUCAAACAAACAAGAAAAACGAUACACUCUCUUUAAAGAAUUUGGGUACCAUCCAAAAGAAUUUUUGUUCACUUUCUUGGCUUUUGCUACUCCUAAACCAUUGUUUUCUUCCUUGUACUGACUGAAACUAAUUAAAACCUUUCAAACUUUGUGCUUUUGCUCUUCCUUGCUACCUUCCACCUCAACCCAUUACUAUAUAGCCUCUUUUCACUUUUUUUUCCCAAUAUGCAAAUGAUUCCCAAUGACCCUUUUUCACUAUCCACUUCACUUGGUGCCUUUACUCAAGAACAAAACACAAACCCUAACCCUAAACCUAAUACUCCUCCUGUCCCCAAGAAGAAGCGGAAUCUUCCCGGAACACCAGAUCCAGAUGCUGAGGUCAUUGCGCUUUCGCCGAAGACACUCAUGGCGACAAACAGAUUCAUCUGUGAAAUAUGCAACAAAGGUUUUCAAAGAGAUCAAAAUCUUCAACUUCACAGAAGAGGUCACAACCUUCCAUGGAAGCUUAGACAGAGAUCAAACAAAGAUGUUAUCAAGAAGAAAGUUUACAUCUGUCCAGAGAAGAGUUGCGUCCACCAUGAUCCUUCUAGAGCUCUUGGAGACCUCACUGGUAUAAAAAAGCACUUCAGUAGAAAGCACGGUGAGAAGAAGUGGAAAUGCGAAAAAUGUUCCAAGAAAUAUGCAGUCCAAUCUGAUUGGAAAGCUCACACAAAAACAUGUGGUACAAGAGAAUACAAAUGUGACUGUGGCACCCUCUUCUCAAGGAAGGAUAGUUUCAUUACACAUAGAGCUUUCUGUGAUGCAUUGGCAGAAGAGAGUGCAAGGAUAACUUCAGCUACGACAACCAAUCUAAAUUUCAAGAACGAAGAAAGUGAUGGUUCAAUGAUGGGUUCACAUUCACAUUUACAACAUGGUUUAUCACAUGGAAAUGGAAUGCUUCAAAAUAUAAGUGGAAUUCCGCAUCCACAAUUUGGUUCACAUGGAUUUCAUGUAGAUUUCAAUGGAAUUGGAAACAACAACUCUUUGAUCAUGGAGCAGCAACAAAGGCCGAGUUUAUCGCUUUGGUUAAACCAAGGGAACCCACAUCAUCAGAUUACUGAAAUGGGACUUUUUGGUUCUUCAGGUUUAUCUGAGAUUGUUCAAAUGGGAAAUGCUAGUAUUAAUAAUAAUGCCUUGAUUGGUUCUUCAUCAUCGAUGUUGUCUAGUUAUGGUGUUCCUGCUUCAAAUUCAACACCUGCAAAUCUUUCAUUAUCUUCACUUCCAAUAGGGAAAAGAGGAGAAAGUUCAACAAGUUCUGUUUAUAAUUCAGAUGGUCAAAAUAAGCAAUUAUCAAAGACUGUUUCUGCUACACCAAUGUCAGCUACUGCUCUUCUGCAAAAAGCAGCUCAAAUGGGCUCAACUAGAAGCACUUCUAAUAAUAAUAUUAACAACAAUGGUUCUAUUUUUAGUGCUAGUUUUGGUGUAAUGACAUCACCUUCUUCUUCAAAUAGUAGUUUUGAUCAGUUUUUGAUGCAUGGACAAGAAAGUGAACAAGGAAAGAUGAAUCUCUUGCAUCAUGGUGGUUCAAAUUCUAUGGAUCAAGUUCAACAUAGUAAUUUGACAAGAGAUUUUCUUGGUGUGAGUGGAACAAGUGGUGGUCCUCCUCAGUUUCUACCUCAGGAGCUAGCAAAAUUUGCUUCUUCCAUUCAAUUCACAGGAAACCAGUGAAAAGUUGAGGAGGGUUGUUUUGGGAAAUUCAUCAAAGUUUUAGUGUAGUAGUACUUGUUGUGAGGGGUGAAUGUGCUAAGAAGAGGGGGUGUGUAUGGGGGGACAGAGGGGCCCACACUGCAUGUAUUUGAAGAAUAGUGAAAAACACAAGUCAUGCAUGUUGUCCUAAAUAAUGGUUAAUGUUGUUUUAUUUUCUGUCUUAACCUUGUUAUCGUUUUUACUUUGGCUUCAUUUUCUUGAGACAAGUGAAGGGAUCGAUCAGGUUUAAAAUAAGUAGCUAUUUUACAAUUGUGUCACACCACUUUGUAGCUAUCAAAAUUCAUGCUUAAAUUCUCUAUAGCUAUUUUACAUUUGUGUCA